CAGCUGGGUCCCUUCCCAGGAAGGACAGGGCGGCACGUGGAGUGGGAGCAGACACGUGGUGGUUUCCCGUCCUUCCCGCAUCCUUGGGAUCGGGUAUAACUGGGCGCCGGUUGCGGGGGACGGCACGACGAGAUGGCGGCGGUGCUGGCUGUGGUGCUGGCGGCGGUGCUGGCGGUGUGCGGGGCUGAGUGCCCGACCGCGGCCGAUCUGAAGCCGGACAACGGCACGCAGCUCUGCGCUCAGCUCUACACCCAGAACAGCGUUUACUACGACGAAUGCUGCGCCGGCAGUUCGCUCAGCGUGCUUCCAGAUUCCGACGUCCCCUACAUGCCCACGGGUUGGUCCGGCAAAGUCUCCUCGUUGGUGGUGGGAAAGCGUUGCGAGCUGAAGGUCUGGUCCAAGGCUGGGAAGACAGGCACCAAAAAGACGUUUUCGGCAGGCUCUUUCCCGAGGCUGCAGGAGGUGCGAAGGGGGCUCUUCCUGAACUGGAAUAAUGCCAUCAGGUCCUACUACUGUAAGUGCAGCUGAGCAGGGCACAGGGCCGCUCGGGGCUGCUCCACGCAGCGUGGGGUCAACGUGGGGUAGAACCAGUCAAUGUGGGUCAACACCAGUCAACGUAGGUCAACAUGCACCAACAUGGGGUAACAUCAGUCAACGUGGGGCAGAACCACUCAGCGUGGGUCAACACCAGUCAACGUAGGUCAACAUACACCAACAUGGGGUAACAUCAGUCAACGUGGGUCAACGUGGGGCAGAACCACUCAGCGUGGGUCAACACCACUCAGCGUGGGUCAACACCAGUCAACGUGCACCAAGAUGGGGUAACAUCAGUCAACGUGGGGCAGAACCAGUCAACAUGGGUCAACACCACUCAGCGUGGGUCAACACCAGUCAACGUGCACCAAGAUGGGGUAACAUCAGUCAACGUGGGUCAAUGAAAGGCAGAACCACUCAAUGUGGGUCAACACCACUCAGCCUGGGUCAACACCAGUCAACGUGCACCAAGAUGGGGUAACAUCAGUCAACGUGGGUCAAUGAAAGGCAGAACCACUCAACGUGGGUCAACACCACUCAGCGUGGGUCAACACCAGUCAACGUGCACCAACAUGGGGUGAAACAGUCAGUGUAGACCAACACAGGGCGGCGUUCAUCAAUGUGGAUCGACACCAGUCAAUGUGGGUCAACGUGCACCAAGAUGGGGUGAACCAGGCAACAAGGGUCCACGCCGGGCCACGCUCGUAACAGCAUUCGAUGCGAGUCAACCCUCAUCAACCUGGAUCAACGCAAGUGAGCGCAGCUCAACGCAGGCUGUGGGUUGUUGGCGUGGCUCCACGGCACCAGCAGCUCGUUGGUCCUCCUGCAGCCCAGCACGUCACGCUGAGAGGAUGCGGGUCACCACCAGCCAUCGCACGCCCAAGUGGGCCCACGUGGGCCAACGCAAGGCCCUGCGGAGCGACGCGAGCCAACGCGUCCACAGGAUCAGAAUCGGCCCCUGCCUGACCCCACGGACCACAAACAGGUCAGCAGUGAGAGGUGGGCACAUGAGCUGUGCCAGCCCCCCACCUCUCCCCCAGCCCCUGACCCCACACAGCUCUGAGCGUAGCCAAUAAAGCCUUGAGGAUGUGCA